GCUGGAGAUGCUGUAGCUCGCACCACCGCUAGAAGACAAAAACGCCGCGGUCCUCCCACCUCACCGAAGCUCCUGAGUGCGGCUCAUGGAACAGGAACUAUUUCUAAUAAACCGAUGAAUGGGACUUUGCCCCGCGCCGGACCCUGAGCCUGGCUCUGUGUGGAAGUGGGGCGCAGAAGCAGACAGGGGGACAGUCUUUUUCUUCUCGGUAAGACCCGAGGUGGGAAAAGACGCAGCAAUGACAGAGCAGCAGUCGUGCGCAGCGGCAAAAUAGAGCAACUAUUGUGGGGACGGCAGAUUGAUAACACAACUGGGGCGAGCAACGAGAGCGGCAGAUGUAAUUUCCAAGCGUUGCAGCUGGUCCGGUGCGAGUGGUGUGCUGGAUGGGUUAUUAUUCCAUUCUCCGUUUCACCAUUCACUGCUCCCAGCGUUUCCAGAUUACUUGGGGAUCUCGGACGGCUGUCUGCGAGGGAGUACUGCUGCAGAGACUAACGGGGAAUGCCAUGUGUCGUUGCGCGACAUAGAAGCUCUUUGUGGGCUGUUUUGCACCGGGGACAGGUGGUGCCGUGUGUGUGUGUGUGUGUGUGUGUGUGUGUGUGAGUGUCUGCGUGUCUGCGUGUGUGUGUGUGCGUGUUGAAACUAGCAGGGGGCACGGACACACAACCCCUGAGACAGUUGUCUUGGGGAUGUCAGGCCGGCGUACGGGAUCAGUUUUUGCCAGGGACAGGUGCGACAGGGAGGAGUAGUUUACAAAGCCCUGCACAGGAUCUGGUAACGCACUAACGAGCCUCCCCUCUCCUCUGAUCACUCUCGGAUUUUUUUGUUUCCAGCGGGACACACAAUUGACUCCCACAGUCGGUGUUUCGGCUGCACCUUUCCCCCGACGAUCAAAGGCUACAGUUCUGUUGCUAUGGCGACCGUGGCCCCUCCCUUCUUCCUCCUGCUGUGUUGGCUCCUCCAAACGGCCAGCUCGGCAUUCCCUGAGGAGCCGGGGCCCCUCAACUUCAUCCCCACUGAAGUGGUGAGGAGAUACCCAGUGUUUCUGGGCCGACCCCACCGAACAUGGCUGAGACAAGAGCCUCUACACAUCCAGAGGAUCCUGCAAGUCAAUCGAACACUCUACAUUGGAGCCAGGGAUGACCUUUUCCGUGUGGAGUUGGACAUUGUUGCGGGAGACGAGAUGUUCUACAGCAAAAAAAGAACAUGGGAGUCUAACAAGAAUGACAUCAGGAUCUGCAGGAUGAAGGGCAAACAUGAGGAUGAAUGCCGUAACUUCAUGAAGGUGCUGCUCAGCAGACAGGGAGGCUUGUUUGUAUGUGGGACCAAUGCCUUCAACCCACUCUGUGCCAACUAUACUGGAGACACUCUGGAGAUGGUAGGAGACACAGUCAGUGGGAUGGCGAGAUGUCCUUAUGACCCCAAACAUGCCAAUGUAGCUCUUUUUGCAGAGGGGAAUCUCUUUACAGCCACAGUGACAGACUUCCUGGCCAUUGAUGCGGUGAUCUAUCGUAGCCUUGGGGACAGUCCCGCUCUGCGCACCGUCAAGCACGACUCCAAGUGGUUCAGAGAGCCGUAUUUUGUCAGUGCUGUGGAAUGGGGACCUCACAUCUACUUCUUCUUCAGAGAGAUAGCCAUGGAGUUCAAUUACUUGGAGAAGGUGGUGGUGUCGCGUGUGGCCCGUGUGUGUAAACGGGACCAGGGCGGGUCUCAGCGCGUCCUUGAGAAGCAGUGGACGUCGUUCCUGAAGGCACGCCUGAACUGCUCGGUCCCCGGUGAUUCCCACUUCUACUUUAACCUCCUCCACUCCACCAGUCCCAUCAUCAGGAUGCACGGCAGGGACAUCAUCCUGGGGGUGUUCUCCACACCGGCUAACAGUAUCCCAGGUUCGGCAGUGUGCGCCUUUGACAUGGAGCAUCUGGCGGCGGUGUUUGAUGGGAGGUUCAAGGAGCAGAAAUCACCCGAGUCUAUCUGGACACCUGUUCCAGAUGAAGUCAUCCCGAAGCCAAGACCCGGUGGCUGUGCCAUUCAAGGAUCCAGGUUUAAUUCAUCUAACUCUUUCCCUGAUGACAUGCUCAACUUCGUCAAGACCCAUCCGCUAAUGGAUGAAGCUGUCCCGUCACUUGGACAAAGACCCUGGAUAGUCAGAACCAUGGUUAGGUACCAGCUGAAUAAGAUUGUGGUAGAUACAGAAGCCGGGUCUUAUAGGAACCGAACUGUCCUGUUCCUUGGGUCGAGCAGAGGGACCAUCCUCAAGUUCCUUAUCAUGCCCAACCAGGACAACACCAUCACCAACAGCAACAUCUUCCUGGAGGAACUUGAGGGAUUCAACCCUGAUAAGUGUGCGGAAGACUCUCCUCAGGCCAGACAGCUGUUGUCGCUGACACUGGACCGGGCAAGCCACACUCUACUCCUCGCCUUCCCCUCCUGUGUGGUCAGAGUACCAGUGGCACGAUGCCAGCUCUACUCUCGAUGCAUGAAGAAUUGUAUUUCCUCCAGGGAUCCUUACUGUGGCUGGACCAGAGGAAGCACCUGCUCUUUCCUCAGACCUGGGACCAGACUGCCAUUCGAGCAAGAUGUUGAACAGGGAAACGUGGCCCACUUGGGUGACUGUGACGGAAUGCUGCUCCGAGAGAGUUUCAUCGAUGAGCCUGACGGUCUAGUGUCUGUAAACCUGCUGGUGGUGUCUGCUGUUUCAGCCUUCACAACAGGAGCCAUCCUCUCCGGCCUCACCGUCUGCUGGAUCAUGAGUCACCGCCACCGUCACUCCCGCAGCACAGGGGCCAACAGCGCCCGCCGCAAAAGUGACAAAGAGCAGAGCAUGCUGGGGCAAGGCCGCAGUGGGUCAGUAAUGAGCGUAACAAGAACCAGUGGUGGUGAGAGGCGCCGUUCGCAGGCAGAUAACCCCUUUGUCACGCCCAACGGCUGGCCUAAAGGAGAGAUGGACCCAGGAUUGCUUCCUACUCCGGAGCAGACCCCACUGCAGCAGAAACGGGCCAUGCGUCUCCCAGACAGUGACUGGGACCAGAGCCAGACCUUCCUCACCGCUGUGGGGACCCCCUGCCCCAACAACUCUGUUAUCUACCUGAGCUCCAAGUUCCUGCAUGGUGGCGGAGGGGGUGGAGGAAUGGUCCGGAUAGAGGACCCAGGGGAGGUCGUGCUGCCCCCGCACACAGAGCGCCAGCGCUACCUGAUCCUAGCCACCCAGAGAGGGGAGCAUGGUGGCAGCCGUCCCAGCGGCACCCUGAGGAACUCAGCGGGAGAAUACAUCUACCCCGCCACGCCACAGGACUCCCCCGACCGACGGAGGGUGGUUUCUGCUCCCACUCCCCACAUGGACUAUGGGGAGCCUCGCUGGAGUCAGGAGGCACUCAACUACAACAGCAACAAUGGAGCGCCCUAUCACUCCCAGCGCCAGGGCCUCAUCAGGCCAGACAUGCAUGGGCCACGAGGGCUGGGAGAAUUGGCUGACUUCAGCCAUCUUCUGGGGAAGAACAUGGGAGCGCGCACCCCCAGUGGCCAGUGAGGUGAAGUACCUGAGCCCUGACACCAAUCUCUCUCUCUGAACACCCAUUCCCUCAACAAUAAACUGGAAUAAAUCAACCCCUCAGACUCACUGUCCCGGUCCAACUUUACCCUGUCUGUCCUCUCUCACUGUCAUUCAAUGUUCAAUGACGUCAUUCAGCUGACUGAAGAGAGAGACAGAGAGAAAAGAAAAAAAGAGAGAGGUGAAAAAGAGGAGAACGCUCUCCUCACAUCUUUGAUCCUCUGCUCUUAAUCUGAGGUGCACCCCUCAGCUCUGUUAGUGGUACGACCCACAGAGCGUGACUUUGACACCACAGGACAGACACUAAGGUGAAGGGAGGGGUGCAAAGGAAAGGGAAUCUUCUAAAAAGUACAGUGUGGAGAUAAAAAAUGACAAUUUCGCUCGCAGCACCGAAUGUGAAAAGUCUCCCUCAACCAUUUUGUUCACCGUUUUGAUGCCAUGGAUCUUCUUUGAGUGUGAAAUUUUGUUCCAGCUUCUGUUUUUUUUGUUUGUUUGUUUGUUUUUGUGCCAGUGGCAUCCAGCAAACAACAAUGUGCUUUACUUUGGAUUUCAGAUGAGACUAAAACUGUUGUAGCCGUGCCAGAGGGCAGUGACUCUCGAUGAAUCAUGCAGUGUGUGUCUGUGUGUGCGUGAUUGUGUGAAUGUGUGUGGCCACAACAACCCGAACCAGUGUCCCGUCUUAACUGUGAAGAAUAACUAUAUAAUGAAGUUUCUGUAAGGAGGAACUUGAUGUUAACAAUAUUUUCCCCUUUUUAUAAACAAUCACAGAGAGAUAAAUGGAUGUAAUUCUGUGUCUCUCCAUGUGUUUACCAAUCAGAGGUUUGGAUGGUUGACCAGUGGCUAGUGAAGGGUUGAGACUCCCAGUGUAAUUUUUGUGAUUCCCAGUACCUUAGAGGCAGCUCUGGUCAGAGCCAUGGUGAAGUGAAAGAGAGCAAUAAUAAGCAAGAAACAUAUAAGGAUAAACAUAAAGCCAAUAUAAUUUGACAUUUUUAUAAUAUCACUGUUUUCUCAGUAAAGCAAACUAAAGCUUAGAGACAUCAGAAAGAGCAGAGUGUUGGGAAAAGGAACAAUAUCCCCCCUCCAUUCUUCUCUCCCUCGCUGCCUCUCAGUAUGCCUGGGUCUACUUGACCUGACCUGAGGCCUCCCUGGGCUCCACAGUCCAUUUGAAGGGGGGAAUGUGAGCUGUGGCUGUCUGGUUGUCUGACUGAGGCUGUGAGGCCCGGCCACUUGGGACCUCCAUUCAGCCUCUUCUGCCCGACACUGAGCCUCUUUGUGCCCCAGAAGCAGGAGGAGACUGAAGCAACAAAUAGCCGUUAAGAGUCAGGGACCUAGCCCGGCACCACAGCCUAACAGAAUAUCAAUGAAGAGGACAGCAGCUCCAGCCGUCAUGUGAGAUGUACCAACCAGGCUCGGGCAUCUCUUACGCUUCAUAUGCUUCACCCACUUGCCAGGACAGAGAGGAGCUGAGGGUUGAAGCUGGGGCCGAGGCCAGGGUCGGGGCACUGCUAACUGUCACAAUGGUCAUCCCUUGUGACUUUAUCCCUUUCUGUCUUUCACUGUGUUUCCCAACAAAAGCAGGAUAAAGAAAACAGAUGGGCAUGGGUAUACUUGGGUGUGGAGUUACUCUUUCAUGAUGUUUUCUGUUUUUAUCUGUUCUGUUCCGUUCUCAAUUCAGAUGUAGAUCCAGAGAUAGCUUUAGUUCAUCUGGGUCACAGUGGUGUUUUGUGUGUGUGUUUGUCUGUGUCUGUGUGUCGGCUUGUCUGUGUGAAUCUCUUAGGACUUCCAUGAAUGAGUGCAAAAAAACAGCUCUGAUCAAUUUUACUCUCAUUCUCACCCUUCUUUUUUUCCAACCCUAUUCUUUUUCUCUAUUGAGCCAUUAAUGUUGUGCAGCAACCAUUUGCUUGACAUUCACAAACAUGUGCUAACAGUGUCAGAGCCCUGCGUGGGAGCAGUACAUGCUAUACAAUAUAUUUAAACCAUUAUACAGUGCACAAAGAAAAUGGAGAUGCUGGGGCUGUGCUUAGUUGAAAGGAAUUUGGGGUCAGAUGGUGGAUACUACCCCCAUAAUAAAAUAUUACAAUGUUCAAAAACUACGGCUGGGUAUUGUUUGAAAUUUUUAUAAAACUAGUGCCAAUAUGAUAUGAUGCCUUGCGGUUUUUGAGAGCAUAAUUUAAAAUAUGUUCAGAACAUACAUAUUUUUCCACAAAACAGUAUUUUCCAUUUAAAGCAACUUUACAUCGUUUUAUAGCGUCAUUUAACUGAAUUCUUUUGGUUCAUUUUCACAGCUCUCAUCACUGUCGUUUUCAGCCUCAAAAAGCGGCCGUAUUCAAAAAUAAUGCUUAAACAAAUGAAUGCUACCUGCCUAGCACCAAACAACAGACAGUCAAAGUUAGUGCGUAGCUAGUAAACAUAGUGGAGCAUUUAGCAGCUAAAGAUCCGAAUAUUUUCCUCAGGAGUUGGUAGAGACCAAAAACAGAGAUAAAAGGAGAGUGAACGUUGGACUUACAUUCAUUGGGUGGACACAAGCAUGACUCAUAAUGAAUGAUACUGUUGCUCUAUAUCUUUAGGAUAUGUAAAUAGGCAACUGUAUGCUAACACGUUAGCCUUAUAUGGUGAUAAUAUAAAAGUGUUAUCUUUGCAGCUUGUUUUUGCUGCCCCCAAGUGGCAAAAAAUCAGUUAUUGCACGUUUAACGUAAAAAAUACUAAGGCUGGGCCGAUAUGAUAGCAAACAAUACAUUUAUGGAUACAUUAUUUUGAGAAACACGUUUUCUACAAAAUAUUUUUUUCCAUUUAACUAAAGAAGCCAAAGCAACAAAGUGGUAAAUGCUGUUUAAACACAGUGAAAAUUUAACCAAAUUUAGAUGUAAAUCAAGAACUGUCUGAUCAAAGAAAAAGUAAACAAGAUUAUAACUCUGACCAGAUAUUUUAUACCAGCUUUGCCACUGAGAUUUGAUACCCAGCCCUAAAAAAUAGUAAUCCAAGAGUCUGAGGUGGUGCAUGAGACAAAUAAGUGUAAGAGAUAUAUGAAAGCAAGGACAGAGGAGGAGGUCAGGCGGGUGGACAUGAUGUUACUGUAUUACUGCCUCUCCACAUUUGUACAGUGUAUUCUUUACACAUUCUAUCCUGAAACAGGUCAUUAGUAUUAAGGAUACUGAGAUUUCCACCAGCCCAGCCCCUCAUCUCUGCCUCUCUUUAUUUCUCUCCCCAUCUCCUGUCUCUGCUGUGGCCUGAGAUCUGCGUGUCUGUGUGUGUGUGUGUGUGUGUGUGUGUGUGUGUGUGUGUGUGUGUGUGUGUGUGUGUGUGUGUGUGUGUGUGUGUGUGUGUGUAUGAAUGAGGCCUCUCUGUCUCAGCUGUUGUGCCCAGCCAGCCGUAUCCUCGCUCCGUAUCUCCUCUAGUGUUUUACUAAACAUGCUUGAUUAGGCAAAGUACAUUCCCGGCCCUCUAAUGGCCUGAUGAGCCCCUGAGAAGAUUACUACAGACACAUCAGCCCUGAGAGGGAGGUGCAUGUUCAACCAGCUCUUUACCCCUCCACUAACCACCAGUCACACACAUACACACAAACUCUGCAGGGCCCUUUAACCAAAUUCAGGAUGCAAUUGAAUUAAGAUCAGAAAUAGAGCUCACGCUUGAAAUAGGCCGACACGGACUGGUUCUAGGAAAGGUACUGUAUGUGAUGUUAUCUUAUUGACUGCAUAAUUUGAUUACCUUAGUUCAACAUUAUGGGGCAGCUAAAGAAUUCAGAUGUAACCUCAUGGAAGUCAGUUUGUUUAUUAAAGCCAUCAUCUUCCCUUUUCUUUACAUACUUCAAGUCAUUCCCCUUCCUCCUCUUACAACAGCUGUGCUUUGUCAUCUUUUUUCAAGCCCCUUUAAUUGUUAACAGACUCGCACUAUCUCACUGCACACACACACACACAUCCUUCCUCUUUAUCACUUCCCUGCACGUAUUGACACACACACACACACACACACACAAACACACAUGAAAUGCCCACCCAGCCCUCACGACCCAGUCUUUCUGUGUAUGUUGUAAUUUAUCAGAUUGUGUUUGUGUCUGAGGAGAUGAUGCCUUUUUUGUGUUGGGCUGUUUAUGUCAUGUGGCCCAGUGAUGCGAUGCCCCCGGGCCAAUAACUGCCAUCUUUCCCUGCAGUGCUCCACUGUGCUGUAUGCGCUCUAUGCCCUAGAAAGAGUCCAGAAACAGAAGCUAACUUGUAUUAAAUCCACCAUUGCAGUAAGGAGCAGUGACAUGAAUUGCUCCCUUCCAAGAGAACAUGUGAGAAAAAAAAGCACAAAAACAGGGCGAAAACAAAAUGAAAGUUUGCAUUUUUGUAAAAUUGUAGAUGUAUUUAGUCAGCACUGGUCAUUUUUUCAUGUUUGUUUUUGCUAUUGUUUGUUUCUGUGGUAGAUAUUUGGUUUGAAAUUAUAUGGGAUAUUAUUGUAUAUGAUUUCAGUUUCAAUUCUCUUGUGUGCCAGAUUUGAUGACGACAAUGAAGACGAACCUGAUGACUAUCACGAUUAUUAUUAUAUUGACAAUGACAGUGAAGCAGUACUGUGAUCAGCACUGAGCUGUUCUGUCCUGUUUGGAUGCUGAAUCUGAAAGAGAGGAGGAAGAGGAGGAGUCAAUGAACUCAUACAGACUGAGGUUCAAAAAGAGGCUUCUCUCCUGUAGAGUGGAGUCUCUCGCUACUGUGAAGGACCCCGCCGUCCUGUGGCUCUCACCAGAGGCUGGCCCACCGUCGCCCCCGGGGGGCCUUGGGGCACGGUGUCAUCGGAUGACAACCCAUGUCCCUACUACGUGUACAUAACCCUGAUGCUUACAUGUAAUUAAAGUGCAGUAGCUGCAUGACGACACAGCCUCUGUGUGUGUGCAGAAGUAGCGAAAUGUGAAUUUGUACAGUACAUGCAAGUGUGUGUGCUUGUGUCCGCAAAGAAAUCUGUUUGUCGUCACGUAAAAAGCAACACGUGCAUGCACCCUCCAACAACUGCACAGAACACACAUACAGUACAUUGGACAUAAACACACAUACACAAACACACUCCAGCAGUUGUUCACCAUUCUCCACAUUGUCCUGAGCUCUGCCUGUCACUCCGCAUGGAGACUUUGCUCUAUGUCAACUUUCUUAUUCUAAUAAAU